AUGAGUGGAACGGGCCGCCUGCCAACUUUAAAGAAUAAUGCUGAUGGCAAACCAAAGCCAACUUUGAAAUUCAAGCCAAAGGCUAUUGCCAGAAGAAGCAAGGAAGAACGAGAAGCUUCAGCUCCCAUGUUAACAUCUGAGGACGUCAUUGGUAAGAAGAAAUAUGAUAAAAGAGGCAACAAUCAGGGGAAUAAAAGGGCUCAGGGUGGUGUAGAUAAUAAACAGAGGAGAGCCGCGAAGUUCUUAAGUAAUACGCAUGUCAUUUCGACUGGUCCCCUUGCUGCCGGGAACUUCAUUGGUGGCGAUAAAGGUAGUGAUAGAAGAGGUUUUGUUAAAAUGGAAGGUUCUGGAUCCUCGUUGGUUCGCAAAGGGUUAGAGAGCAUUGAAAAUGAUGCUGGAGAUUCAGAAUCGGAUGAUAAUGUCAAUAUGGAUAAAGAUUACAAAGAAGAUGAUGAUGGAAAGAAAGAAUCUAAGACCAAAACUAGGUUCAAUAUGGGAAGAGAAUAUACGACACAUAAUACCACUGAAGAUAUUGAAGUUAUCAGUGAUGAUGAUGGGGAUAUGGACGAUAGUGCCUUGCAAGCUAAACGUAUAGAGCAAUUAUUCCCUGUAAGACCUGUUCGUGUUAGACAUGGAGACGUUGAGCAAGCUAAGAGCGAACUUAAAGAGUCACUUUCUGACGCACCUACGAGGGAGGCUACCCCAACGGUUCCAGAAAUAAAAAUAGAGCAAUCAGCCUUUGGAGACGGAACAGAGUUGCAAAGACGUUUGACGGAAAAAGAUACUAAGUUACAAGAUAGAUUGGAUGUAUUACGCCUUCAAGAUGAUUUUCAAUCCAUUGAUGAAAAAGAAGUGGCAGAAGAGUUGACCGUUUUAUCCAAUGACUACAAGCAUAUACUACAGAAACUGCAAAGGAUCAAUGAUAAACCAAACAGGUUCAUGUUAUUCCAAUUACCCACUAAACUACCGCAGUUUGAAAUGACACGUAUUAAGAAAAAGGAAUCUGAAGAUACUAACGACAUGGCUCUAGAUGCUGAAGAUAUUACAGAAAAGGAUACUACGAAGCAAGCGAAGAAGCCAAAGAAGAAGGAUACAAAACAAAAAGGUAAGAAGAGUAAAGAAAUACAGGAUACUCCACAGGAUGAAUUAAUUGGGGAUCUUGGUAGUAUCAGGGUACAUAAAUCUGGAAAGAUCACCAUGAAGAUUGGUAACACCAUAAUGGACGUAGGGAGAGGUGCAGAAUCCACUUUCUUGCAAGACGUUGUCUCAUUAAACGCAUCCGACGAGCAACCAUCCGUGGAACUUUUGGGCCGUAUUGAAGGGAAAGUUGUAGUUACACCCAGAUUUCCAUAG